AUGGAUUUAGCUAAAGAAUUUUUAGCUGAAGUAUUAAAUGAGAGAAUUUGUUUGGCAUCAAAUUUCUCUUCUGGAAAUGAAAGGAAAACAACAAAUUCUUCCUCUUCUUCUUGUCCAACAACAAAUAAACAACAAGAAUCAGCAAUUAUUGAAGCUAAUAAAUAUUUGGAAAAUUUAAAGUCUGUGUCUAUACAUGUGCUGUUGGGACAUUCAGAAUGUAAAGAAGUUGGGGAUAAAUUGUGUUCGGCUAUGCAAGAUACUGAGGUUUGGACCUUCAAGCUCCACCAUCAACGACCUCCCGAUUCAGUUGGUCGUCCUCCAAUGCUGCCAUUAUUUUUAAAACAAGCUCUACGUUCUCAGCUACAUUUUUCACCUCUUCGUUCUUGGUUGACAGCUAACACAACUCUUCCUUGUGGCCUUUUCCCCGUUGUUCGUGUUUUGGCCAGUGAUCACCUACUUUCAAAUCCAAUUUCUUCUCAAGUCCAAUCUCACAAAUUUCCUGCUUGUUGUUGUUCUACUACUCCAAAUGGAGGGGGAAUAUGGCUAGAACUUUGUGUUCAGUGGUUGAAACGAGAAUAUUUUCUUUCAAAAGCGCCAAUUUUGUGUCCUUCUAUUGAAAUGGAUUGUAACGAUUCUUGGGUUCUUCCACCUUUGUCUGACACAAAUAAUGGGCUCAACCAAGAACAAAAUCAGCGUCCAAGUUCUUCGCUAAGUUCAUCAUUGUGUAGUAGCAGUAGUGACUCUGAUGAAGAUAUUCAAGAGGAAGAUGAGAGUGAAUUGUCUUCAUCCUCUUCUUCUUCGUCUUCUCCAAUACCUACACAUUCUCAAAGCAAUAUUAAUGAACAAAUAUCUCAUCAAAAGCAAGACAGCACUGAAAGUAACAACAACAACAAUUGUAGUAAUAAUAUAAAUAAUAAUAUUUCUUCAUUGUCUCGUCGCAACUCUCAAAAUAUCCAAUCUAGUCUUCAAUUUGUAAAUGAAAGCCAAAAUAGACGAGAGCGUUCCCAACGAAGAUUACGUCCUUCUAGACCUAUCCAAUCAUCUACUAAUUCAACAACAACAACAAUUCAAUUACCUUCAUUACCACCAAAACAUUCUCAAUUACUUCAACAAUAUCAUCACCACCACCAUCAUCAAUCUAUUCAACGGAGUAGACGACUUGUUAUGCAGCGGGCGAGGAAAGCAGCGACGAAAAAAAUUAAUGAUGGACCUUCAAUAAAAGAAAAUAAUUCAGACAAUAAACAAAAUCAAAAAGAGGAUAAAAUGGAAGAGGAUAAAGCGGAAAAAGUAAAAAUUGAAAAUAAAAAAGAAAUUGAGGAGGAAAAUAAUAAAAAUGUUGGAGGGAUUGAGAAAAUGGAAUAUUCUUCUCCACAACGUCUACAACAACAACCAUCUUCUCAAUGUUCAACACCUCCUCCAGCUUUCCAACAACAUUUAUUGUUACGUGGGGUAAACAUAACCCCACCGCCAUCUCGAAUGUUAUUCCAACAACGUCAACAUUCCUCUUUAUCAGCACUUCACAACAACAACAAUAAUAAAAAUCCAAACAAUUCAUUUCGUCGUUCUUGUUCAGCUAGAUUAGUUUGUAAUUUUGAGGAAAGUAUUUUGAGUGGUCGACUUACUCCGAGCAGUAUUGUUGAUGGUUAUUCACUUCAAUUAAUGGUUGUUCCAACCCAGUCAAUGGUAAUGGCACCCGGUGGCGGUUUCUUCUCUGUCCAACGAGUUAAAUACCCAGUUCAAACAUUCUUUUUCUUCAACGAAAUGGGUGGUUCUUCACUAAAUGAGAUCUCAACAAGAACUCCAGCUUUAUUACAUUUGGCCCGUUGUGAACUCGAUUCAGAUGGUAUUCCUAUCCCUCGGCAUUGCAAUCUUCAAGCGGUAAAAACUUUUUUAAUUUAA